ACAUAUUUCAGAUCCAGGAAGAUGCUUAUUUUAGUAAUUCUUAAGUGAACUAUAUUUUAGAGGGUGAUAUGGAUAACAGUAACAGUAAUAGCUAAAGUUUAUUGUGUUCGCACGUUAAUUCUUGUAUCUCAUAACUCUGAGUUACAUAUAGUUGUUAUUCCCAUCUUCAGAUGAGAAAACUGAAGCACAGAGAAGUAAAGUGACUUACCAGUGUGACCUAGAGUAGUACAUGAUGGGGAUUUGAACCAAGUUGGUGUAUUUUAAUCACUAGGAUAUAUUGCCUAAAAUAUGAAAAUUUGGUUUUUAGUAUUUUAGUAGUUUUUCCUAAGCAAAUUUUAACUUACUAAUCAGUCUUCCAGGCUUAUUCAGUUUACCUCUAAACUUUUGUUAAUUUUUUUUUGCAUGAGUUUUUAUACACGUGUGAAGAUAAGAUUAAAAAAAAUACAGAAACCCCAACCAAACAACCCAAUUUAGAAAGCUGUACCAGGUGUGCAAAUCUUACAUUUCAUUUUUUUAAGAUAAGUUUUGUCCACUCAUGGAAAAUGUUGGAGAUACAUCAAUGAAAAAUUUUAUUUGCAUGUUAGAUAAUCUAAUUUGUAAAUCCAUUUAUCUUGAUAUUUUGGCCUCAUAAACCCAUUGGAGCCAUAACAAGUAAAUACUAGAAUAUGAACAAAAAACUUCCCACUGUCAGUAUCGGAGCAGUCUAUUUAUUGUGGAGGCUUUUUAACCUGAUGGACAAGGCUUUAAACUAAAUUAUAAUACUUUAGUGGCAGAUCUUUGACUCUGUUAAUAGUAUUCAGUAUGGGCAAGGGGAAGAGGAUGUGCAGUCUAGCUAAUCUGUAAAAAAGUAUUUAAAAAAAUACUUAGUUUUAAUUCUUUUAUUGCUAACAACAACGAUAACAAAACCUUUGGUAGCAUGUAUUAUAUAGCAAACCUAAUUGAGAGGCAGGAUUUGAAUGGAUUGAUAGGGAUUCAUCAGUCAUGGAGUGGAAAGAUAUGCAGAGCAGAGCAGAUCCAGGUGGUAGGUUGUCAAACUUGAAUUAAAUUUUUCCAAUGUGGCUUCAUCAUUAGGUCUGAAAUUUAAUGAAUUUCAAGAAGGCAGUUUAACCUGUAUUUAAAUAAAAGUGAUUAUAUUCUACGUAGAUUCAUUAACCAAAUAUAAAUGUUUUUGGGGGAUGACUUAAAAUAUUUUUUCCUCUUCAUCUAUAUGGAUUGUGAAGAAUUGGUUAUACUCAUAAAUUUGUGCCUUUCCUUGAAAACUAAUUAGCUGGAGGAAAUAAACUACUAGGUUUAAAUUCUACUGUUAAUAUGAUACGUUGUGUGACUUCAUGAUUCCCCACUGGACACUUAGGUAAGUGCUUCCUAUCUGAGGAUGAAUGUAGUUCCUCUGGGGAAGGUCAGAGGGGUUUGUGUGAGGCUAAUCAUAUUCAUCUUGUCUCCUGAGACCAGAGACAUGCUUUAGUUUUUUCCUUUUUUGAUACUGUAUAUUUGCCUCAUAAAAAAUAUAAAAUUUCCCUUUUCCUUGCAGAUUUCUUUUAAACAUCUGUGUAAAUAUAUAGUUUAGCUCAACUUUGUAUACUACUCUGUUACUUAUUUACUUAAAGAUACACAUAUUUAUUAAUGCUGGACACUAUUCCUGGCAUGUGUAAAUAGUAACUCAUUUGCUUCUCCUAACAAUCACAUGAAAUCCUGUUAUUAUCCUUACUUUAUAGAUGAGGAAAUUGAGGCAUAAAGAAGUUAAGUAGUGUAUCCAAGGGCCAGGCACAGUGGCUCAUGCCUGUAAUCCCAGCAUUUAGGGAGGCUGAGGUGGGCAGAUGGCUUGAGCUCAGGAGUUCGAGACCAGCUUGGACAACAUGGUGAAACCCUGACUCUACAAAAAUAUACAAAAAUUAGCCGGGCGUUGUGGGGCACGCCUGUAGUUGCAGCUAGUUGGGAGGCUGAGGUGGACUGCCUGAGCCCAGGAGGUUGAGGCUGCAGUGAGCCAUGAUUACGCCACUACACUCCAGCCAGGGCAACAGAGCGAGGCCUUGUCAAAAAAAAAAAAAAAAAGGUAAUGUACCCAGGCACACAUAGAGAAUAUUUAGCAGAGCCAGGAUUCAGACUGGGCUGAGUACAUGCUCUUAACAGUUACACUAUUCUGUCAAUGUUAUUUCCUUGAAUGGAUGCACUAUAAUUGGUUAACUACUCUUUAGGUAGGAUGUUGGUCAUACUUUUGGUUACACGUGAUAACACAACUUCAUUAAGUUAAAAAAUGAGUGUAUUGGUUCACAUACUGGGUAUUGUAUGGGGAGGAUGAUGGAAUAGCUUUGGAAACAGCUAGAUCCAAGGUUGCAAGUAAUGUCAUUGGGUUUCUUUGUCUCCUUUCUGGGUUUUUCUAGCCUCUUGCUUCUGGAGCCCGAGACAUACGCCUUUAGCUUAGCAACCACACUUGAAAGACAGCUUCUCUUUCCUGAUGUCCACAUGUCAGUUCUGUGUUGUUGGUAAUCAAUUCUGAUUGUCAGUUCCUUAACCAAUCAUUGGAACCUGGGAGAUGAGCUACAGCAAGGGCAGCCACUGUGGUGGCUGUGGUUAGGGUGAGUUGGGGAACCCACAGAAAGCCAUGAUUGACAGUCCCUUUGAGAUGACAGACAUGAAUUGGAUGAGGUGUAGUUUUCCUGAGGAAGGGAUGAUGAUGAGCAAAAAACAACUAUAGCGAAUCAUUUAGGUUAUGUCUUUUUAACUUUAUGACUAUCAUAGAUAAUGAUACAGUAACUGAGUAAAAGCCUUUUUUUUUUUUUAAAUACUAGAUUUUCAGUGAUGGAAUUACCAGAGCAGAGUAUAAAACAAUUUUAGGGCUUUUGAUAAAUGUUGCCAGAUUAUUUUUUUGAAGGAUACGUGUACUUAGCUCACAUACCAACAGCAUGCAUGAGAUGAGCAUGUACUUUUGAACCAGGUAGGGUUCAACUCAUCUUAGAAAUACUGUACUGGGCUUAAAUAUUAACACAUGCCUUGCACUUAAUCAAAGGGUUGCAAACUUGACACUGAGCAAAUAUCUAAUGCAGUUUAUCAAAUGUUUCAUUGUAUUUUAUCUGGCUAUUUUUUAUUUUCAUUAAAAAAUUUUUAUUAUACAGUUUUCUUUCCUUCUUUCCUUCCUUCCUUCCUUCCUUCCUUCCUUCCUUCCUUCCUUCCUUUUUUCUUUUUCUUUUUUCUGAGACAAGGUCUCACUCUGUCACCCAGGCUGGAGCACAGUGACAUGAUCACGGCUCACUGCGGCCUCCAACUCCUGGGCUCAAGCACACUUCUUCAUCGUAGCCUCCCAAGUAGCUGGGGCUACAGGUGCGUGCCACCAUAUCCUGCUGAUUUUUUAACUUUUUGUAGAGACAUGGCCUCCCGAUGUUGCCCAGGUUCAAGACCCCCUGGGCUCAACCAGUUCUCCUGCCUCUGCCUCCCAAAGUGUUGGGAUUACAGACAUGAGCCAUUGUGCCCAGUCUAUUGUAUAGUUUUAAACAACAAAACCAAAAGGCUAAUAAAUGGCACCCCUUUGCAAGCUCUUCCCCCUCCUUUCUUUUUCCUCCCAGUGUCUCCUACUUCUCUGACCUAGUUGACAGCAUUAUACUUUUCUGGAUGUUGGUAGCAUGUAUAAAGUACAUUAUUACAUAACAAGUUAAUAUAAUAGUUUCAAGGGUUUUGCCACUUAAUUAUACUAAGUUACUUAACCUCUCAAUGCCUUAUCUGUAGAUUUUGUUUUUGAUAGGGUGGGAUAGUAAUAGUAACUACAAGUUUUCACAAGGUUGUGAAAUUGAAUGAGAAAUACAUGGCACUUUAACAAGUCACUAUGGAUUUUUUCAUUUCUUUUCUUCGUCUCCUGCUGCUGCUUCUCCCUGCCCACCCCUACCCUUUUUUUAGAGACAGGGUCUUGCUAUGUUGUCCAGGCUAGAGAGAAAUAUAAUUUAUUUACUCCCAGUAAGGAAAAUCUUAGAAAUGUAAAAAAAAAAAGUAAUUCUAGGGAUGAAAAAUGACUAUUUGCAUAAUAUUUACCACAGUAUUAUAUAUAAGGAUGAAAAAUGACUAUUUGCAUAAUAUUUACCACAGUACUAUAUAGUGAGAAGAAAUGAGACCAACAACUAUGAUUAAGUUUUGGUAUACAUAUCAACUAAAUCAACUAAAUUAACGUGAUAUAUGUAUCAUGAUAUAUAUAUCACACAUACACACACACACGCACAUAUAUAUAUGUAUUUUCUUUUUUAAGACAGUCUCACCCUGUUACCCAGGCUGGAGUAUAGUGGCACGAUCUCGGCUCACUGCAUCCUCUGCUUCCAGGGUUCAAACGAUUCUCACAUCUCAGCCUCCUGAGUAGCUGGGACUACUAUGCAUCACCACGCCCGGCUAAUUUUUGUAUUUUUGGUAGAGAGAGGGUGUCACCAUGUUGGCCAGGCUGGUCUCGAACGCCUGACCUCAGGUGAUCUGCCCUUCUGGGCCUCCUAAAGUGCUGGGAUUCCAGGUGUGAACCACUGCGCCCAGCCUUGUAUACAUUCACUUAAAAAAUAAUUAGGGGCUGGGCACGGUGGCUCACGCUUGUAAUCCCAGCACUUUGGGAGGCCGAGGUGGGCGGAUCACGAGGUCAGGAGAUCGAGACCACAGUGAAACCCCAUCUCUACUAAAAAAAUACAAAAAAUUAGCCGGGCGUGGUGGCGGGCGCCUGUAGUCCCAGCUACUCGGAGAGGCUGAGGCAGGAGAAUGGCGUGAACCCGGGAGGCGGAGCUUGCAGUGAGCCGAGAUUGCACCACUGCACUCCAGCCUGGGAGACAGAGCGAGACUCCGUCUCAAAAAAAAAAAAAAAAAAUUAGGAAAACUGUGCAAUAUGGAAACCUGUACAAAUGACAGAACGUUGCCUAAAAGUUACUUUUCAAUGACUCCAUAAUAUUAGCUUGUUUUUUGUUUCGCCUUUCUCUCAAAAGAAAAAAUACACCACCAAGAGCAACAAUGACAAACAACAUGCCCAAAGUCACACAGAUGAGAAGUGAUUGAAAAAAGCAUGCGAACCCAAGUCCACACUUCUAAUCCCUAUACCACACUGCCUAUGUUCCCACUGGUAAACACACAUUAUUAGGCACCUAGUGCACAUAAAGCACUCUUUCUCCUUGGUACUAAUAAGAAUACACAAAAUAACACAAUAUAGGCACCUUUCAAAAUUUGCAAUAUAGUGCUUUAAAGUAUGCAACUGCUGCUGGGUGCAGUGGCUCAUUCCUGUAAUCUCAGCACUUUGGGAGGCCGAGGUGGGCGGAUCAUGAGGUCAGGAGAUCAAGACCAUCCAGGCUAACACGGUGAAACCCCAUCUCAAGUAAAAAUACAAAAAAUUAGCCAGGCGUGGUGGCAUGUGCCUGAAAUCCCAGCUACUUGGGAGGCUGAGGCAGGAGAAUCGCUUAAACCUGGGAGGUGGAUGUUGCAGUGAGCUGAGAUUGCACCACUGCACUCCAGCCUGGGCGACAGAGUGAGACUCCGUCUCAAAAAAAAAGGAAUGACUGCAUACCAAUAUAAAGUAUAAACACUGCUAAUCCAAAUCUAGUGCUUGACGCUUAAAUGGUAUAACCAUGUCUCAUACAUGUGAUCAAUUCUAAAGCCACAGAAAAUUACAGGCACUAAGAUGAUGAAAGCAGCAAUUUAGGAUAUCAUUCGAAAUCUACAUCUGUGAGCUACAGUUCUUCAACAGGCUGGAGAAACAGAUCAUCUAAGUCAAGCAUGCUGUGGCUCUAAGGAACAUUUAUUCCGAUAGUAUUUAGUCCCUAUUCUUUGCCACAUAAUCAGAGAGGAAAACAUUUAAAUUCUAAAGUAUCAUUAUAUCCACACAUAAUAGUGAUAGUUAAAACAUAAGCCAGGUGCAGUGGAGCAUGCGUGUAGUCCCAGCUACUUGGGAGGCUGAGGCAGGAGGAUCAUUUGAGCCCAGAAGUUGAAAGGCUGUACUGUGCUAUGAUCACAACUGUGAAUUACUUUUUGUUUUUUACAUUUUAAAGAUUUGGCUUACUGGGCAAAGGGGGCCAGUAUUUUUAUGUCGUUUAAUCUCUAUUGUCACUGUUGUUUUCUUAGUGGGAUAACUGGGAUUUUAGUGUAUUGUUCUCUGAGAUGAAUCAGUUGUCAGAGCUGUAGAGUUUUAUAGAAACCUUAUUGGCAUAGUUUGUUCAUUCAGCAAGUAUUUUUGGACCUGAAGCCUAGUAAUGAGGAAACAAAGAUAAAUAUGAUGAAGUUAGUCCUUGCUUUCUAGGAGCUUGGUCACAGUCUAGUGAAGAAGGAUAAUUUCUAACAUUUAAUUUAUACUUUUGAAGAACACCUUGUGGGUUAGAUAAAACAACCCAAGUUGCCAGUUUUCAGCUUCUGAGAUAAGCUAUAUCAAGGUGUUAUAUUCGUUGGCCAUUUGGUUGCUAGAAAUUAACUUAAGCAAAACAGAUUUAUUAGUAGUAGAAGGUUAUAGAGCUGGGUAUCCCUUAGACCCCAGUUAGGAAUUAAGGAGGCCUACUGAAGUAGAAACUGGAAAUUUCAGGAAUCACAGUAUCGUUCUCUUGUGGAUCAUUGAGCAACUGUUUCCAGUGCUGUGAAAUAAAGUUUUCUAAAAAGGAGAAGUGGGAAGGAAGGAAAUUGUAUUUCUGCCACAGAGGUUAUGAAUAAAGUACUCCCUAGAGAAGGGAGUUACACAGUUUUCCUCCAGUUUAACUGCUGUUAAAUGGUAUCUUGUUUCAGUUGGUAUGUCUUGAUUGGUAGUGAGAUUGAACUUAAUAUUUUUAUCAAGAGCCCAAAGUCAAUUUUUCUUGACGUUUGUAUCUUAGACAUGAGAAUAUAUGGUAGUGAUGUUAAUUCUUGUUACAUUUGGUGAAACUAUUUCCACCAUCAUAUUUUUUAUUUUAUAUAUUUGAAUGUUUUCCAUUGUAUAAAGUUUUAUGCUUUUAUUGAAUUCAAUACCAGUUUUUCUUUAUAUUUUAUUUAUUUAUUUUCUUGUCAGAUGGGUCAUAUGCCUAUGUCAUAACAAGGUUUGAGAGAGGCACCUCUGGUGUGUGAGCACCCAGUCAUCACACUUACGAACUACAAAAGGAUCACAUUCUUCCAGAGUCUCACUCUGUUGUCCCGGCUGGAGUAUAGUGGCGCAAUCAUAGCUCACUGCAGGCUUGAACACCUGGGCUCAAGUGAUCUUCCCACCUCUGCCUCCUAAAUAGCUAGGACUACAGGCACACUUCAGCAUGCCUGGCUCUUUAUGAUACUUUAAUGAGUAUGUCUUUAAAAGUUACUGCUUUCUGAAGUUCAAGUACUCUAAUUUUAGUGUGAUUCAACUGAUUUUAUUUCUAAAUUUUAUAUGAUAUUUUAUCUUUCAUAUUGAAGCAUAACACAUACAGAAAAGGCGCACAAAGUAGUGCUCAGUAAGUUAUUAUAAACUCUGACCUGUGUAACGACCACUGAGACAAGAAAUAGAAUAUUGCCAGCACUUCAAACACUCUCCUUCUCCAUCAGUCACUACCUUCUCCAUGCUCCCCAAAGUAACCAUUAUUCUGAUUUAGUUAUGCCUGUUUUUGAGUUUUAUAUGAAUGGAUCCAUGCAGUAUAUAUUUUGUAUCUAGAUACUUUUGCCCCACAUAUUGUUUGUAAGAUUCAUCCACAUUAUUUUCUGAAACUGUAAUUUUCAUUGCACUAUAUUACUUUGUGUGAAUGUACUACAUUUUAUACUUUGUUGAUUGGCAUUUGGAUUGUUUCCACUUGACAAAAUAUUAAUAAUGGUAUUAUGAACACGUAUAUACCUGUCUCUUCAUACAUUAUAUUUGUUUUUUUUUGUUUUUUUUUUGAGACAGAGUCUCACCCUGUUGCCCAGGCUGGAGUGCUAUGGCACAAUCUCGGGUCACUGCAACCUUCGCUUCCCGGGUUCAAAUGAUUCUCCUGCGUCAGCCUCCCGAGUAGCUGGGAUUACAGGUGCCCGCCACCAUGCCCAGCUAAUUUUUGUAUUUUUAGUAGAGACAGGGUUUCACCAUGUUGACCAGGCUGGCCUCGAACUCCUGACCUCGUGAUCCACCCGCCUUGGCCUCCCAAAGUGCUGGGAUUACAGGUGUGAACCACUGUGCCUGGCCUUUUUUUUUUUUAAAUAGUCAGUGUCUUGCUCUGUGGCAGUGGUGCGAUUUCGGCUCACUGGAACCUCUGCCUCCUGGAUUCUAACGAUUCUCCUGCCUCAGCCUCCCCAGUAGCUAGGACUACAUGCGUGCAUCUCCACACCUGGUUAAUUUUUGUAUUUUUGUUAGAGACGGGUUUCACCAUGUUGGCCAGGCUGGUCUCGAACUCCUGGCCUCAAGUGAUCUGCCCAUCUUGGCCACCCAAAGUGCUGGGAUUAUAGGUGUGAGCCACCGUGCCUGGCUGUAAGAUGGUAUCUGUGGUUUUAAUUUUUUAUUUCCCUGAUGACUAAGGAUGUUUACCACUUUUUCAUAAAGUUUAUUGGCCUUUUCGUUAUCCUUUGUGAAGUGCUUGUUCAACUCUUUUGUUCAUUUGUCUUUUGUGUUUGUCUUUUAAAAACCAUAUUUGAAGGCAUUCUUUUUGUAUUUUGGAUGAGAAGUCUUAUUUUUUAUUAAAAACUUUUUCCCCCUAUUCUGUGGCCUGCAUUUGUCUCUUUAUGGUAUUUAAGAAGCCUUUUCUUAUCUCAAGUUCAUGAAAAUGUUUUCCUAUAUUUUCUGUUUUUAAUAUAGGCAUUAUAGCUGUAAAUUUCCCUCUAAGCACUGAUUUAGUUCAUUCUAUAAGUUGUGAUAUGUUGCCUUUUUGUUUUUAUUCAUCUCGAGUAUUUUCUAAUUUUUCUUUUUAUUUCAUUUGACCCAUUAUUUGUUUAGGAAUAUGUUAAUUUCUACAUAUUUGUGAAUUUCCCGAUUUUUUUUCUGUUACUGAGUUCUAAUUUAAUUCUAUUGUGGUGAGAGAACAUACUUUAUAUCCUUUUUGUCCUUUUCAGUUUGUUGAUGCUUGUUUUAUGGUGUAGCAUAGAUCAUCUAUCCUGGAGAAUGUACCAUGUGUGCUUUUUUAGAAAAAUGUGUUCCUUGUGUUGUUGGGCAGAAUGUUCUCUAUAAUCCAUCUAGUUGAUUAUAUUGUUUUUUCUGUUUCCUUGUUGAUCUUCUGCCUAGUUGUUCUAUUCGUUACUGAAAGUGGGCCAUUUAGUUCUUCCAACUGUUGUUCUUGGCUUGUCUAUUUCUCCCUUUAAUUUUGUCAGUUUUGCUUCAUGUAAUUUGGGGCUCUGUCAUAAAGUGCAAAUGAUUAUAAUUGUUAUAUCUUCCUAAUAAAUUGACCCUUGUUUUAAAAUGUUUCUCUUGACCUCUCAAAACAUCAGUUUUUAAAAGUUUGUCUGAUACUAGUAUAUUCAUGCCAGCUCUUUUGCAUGGUAUGUUUUUUUCCAUCCAUUUACUCUUAUCCUGUCCCAUUUGUAUUUUUGAAUCUAAAAUAUGUCUUAAGUAGACAGCAUUUAAUUGGAUCUUAUUCUUUUAAAACCCAAUCUGGUAAUCUCUGCCUCUUGAGUGUAUUAUUUAAUCCAUUCACAUUUAGUGUUACUGACAGGGUUAAAUUUGUCUGCCACUUUCUGUUUUGUUUUCUAUAGGUCUCAUUUUUCUUUUGUCCUCUUUCCCUCCUCUACUGCUGUCUUUUGCAUUACAUGAGUAUUUCCCAGUGUAACAUUUUAAUUUCCUUAAUCAUUUUAAAACUAUAUUUGAAUUUCUAGUGAUUACUGUAGGGUUUACAUUUAUAUAUCUUAGCUUGUCAGAGUCUACUUCAUAGCUACAUUAGUUCCUGCAAUAUAUAGAAACUUUAGUCCUGUAUAGCUCUACUAUUCCAUCUCCACCCCUUCCCCCCCUCUUUUUUUUUUUGGAGGUAGACUCCCAUUCUUCUGCCCAGUCUGGAGUGCAGUGGUGUGAUCUUGGCUCAAUGCAACCUCUGCCUCCUGGGUUCAAACAAUUCUCAUGCCUCAGCCUCACGAGUAGGGAUUACAGGCAUGUGCCACCACACCCAGCUAAUUUUUUGUAUUUUAGUAGAGAUGGAGUUUCACUGUGUUGACUGGGCUGGUCUUGAAUUCCCGACCUCAAGUGAUCCUCCCACCUUGGCCUCCCAAAUAUAUCUUUUGAUGAAACUGAGAUAAGGAAAAUACAUACAUCUUAUAGUUUUUGUACUAACCUUACUUGUCCAUUUACCAUUUGAUAUCAUUUCCUUACUUUCAGUAAAGUUUGUCACUACUGACCCCUUUGUCCAUUCGUGCCUUCAUUCAUUCAUUCAUUCAUUCAGAGACAGAGUCUCGAUUUGUUGCCCAGGCUGGAGUAGUGGCAUGAUCUUGGCUCACUGCAACCUCUGCCUCUGGUUUCAAGUGAUUCUGGGUUCAAGCAAAUCCUUCCCGAGUAGCUGGGAUUACAGGUGUGAGCCACCAUGCUCAGCCCUGAUUUCUGAUUUGACUCCGCUCUAGUAAGAUUUAAAUCCCUAAGACUUAAGUUCUUGGAAAUUCGAGACUUGCUUUAUAGUUCAACAUAUGGUCUUUUUGGGUAAACAUUCCUUGUGUACAACAACGAAAUAUUUAUAGGCUACAGUUGUUAGAUGUGGUAUAAUAUGUUCUAUCAAGUUUGUUUCUGUUUUAAAUUGUUAGUGCUUUUGCAUUUGUUUGCUCCUAUUCAAAGGUUUGUUAAAAUAUCCCCAAAUGAUUAUAACAUUUGUCUGUUUCUCUGUUUAAUUUGUCAGUUUUUGUUUUAUAUAUUUUGAUUAUGUUAAAGUGCCGACAAGUCAAGGUUUUUUUAAAUCUACCUGGUGAAUCAAACUUUUUAUUAUUGUGACGUGUCCCUCUUUAUCUCAGUAUUACAUUUUACCUUGUAGUGUUCUUAAUCUAGUGUUAAGACAGAUACACUAACUUUCAUUUGGUGUUUGCAUGCUACAGCUUUUUCCAUUCUUUCAGCUUUCAAGUUUUAGCCAUAUCUUGUAAGUUGCAUAUAUUAGUUUAAAGAAACUAGUUUGACCAUGUUUGUUCUUUAAUUGGAACAUUUAGUACAUUUACAUUUAAUAUACUUGCUGAUAUAUUUAGGUUUAAAUUGAUAUUCCUAAUAAAUGAUUUCUGUUUAUCCUGUUUGAACUUUCUCUUAUUCUCCUUUUCUGCUGCUUUUGGGAUUAUUAUUAUUUUUUGUUCCAAAUACCCCCCACCCCCCAACUUGGCUUAAUAGUUAGACCAUCUUUUUUUAAAUUUGUUUUUAAUAUUUAUCCUAGAGAUUACAAUAUGCUUCCUUUCUGUGUUAAAGUGUGAUAUAAGUUAGCACUUUUUUCUCUUUCUGGUCAGUGCAGCAAUGUUAGAAAACAUUAAUUGUACAUUUCCCUCUCCAGAAUUAUAUACUAUUGUCAGAUAGUUUAGUUCUCUAUUUUAACUCCCCACAAGAUAUUAUCAUUAUUGCUUUAUUCAGUAAUUAUACAUUUAAAUUUGUUUAUAUACUCAGUUUUUUCUUCAAUCUUUAGUGCAUUUCCAGGCUUCUAGCUGGGUUGAUUGUCUCUCUCUGAAAAUACUUUCUCUUUUUUUUUUUUUUCUCUAUUUGGGCCUAUCUGUUGAGGAAUUCUUUUUUGCUUAUCUGAUAAUGCCUUUUUUUUCAUUUUUAUUCUUGAAGGGGUUUUUUUGGGGAGAAGGAGCUGGAUACAGAAAUCUUGGUUGGCAGUUUUUUCAUUUGUCAUGUUGCAGCUGUGCACAGUGCCCUUGAGACCUGAUUUCCAGAGUUUCUGUUGAGAAGUCAACUAUCAGUCUUAUUGUUGCUCCUUUGACUGUAAUCUAGCUUGUAGAUCUCUGGUCACUUUUUGUUUUUGUCGGAGUGGGGGUGUUUAUAUUUGGUUUUCAGCAGUUUUACUGUGAUAUGUCUAGGUGCAAUCUUUUAUUUGUUCAGCUUGGUGUUUGUAGGACUUCUUAUAUCUGUGACGUAGGACUGCACUGCCCAGUGCCAGCCACUAGCUGCAUGUAACUAUUGAUACCAAUUAACAUUUAAAAAGUUAAAAAUUCAAUUCCUCACAUUUUAAGUUCUCAGUAGCCAAAUGUUUCUAUUAGUUACUGUAUUGGCAGAUGGAGAACAUUUCCAUCAUUCUAUCAAUAGAAUAGAAAGUUCUGUUGCACAGGACUGAUGAGCGCGUUCGUGAGUUUUGGAAAAUUCUCAGACUAUAUCACUUCAGAUAGUGCUUCUGUCAUCUUCUUUCCUCCUGGUACUCCGGUUAUACAUGUAUUAAACAUUCUUAAAUUUGCCAUAUGUUUCUUACAUCCUUUUUUGUAUUUUUUAUCUUUUUAUUGCUGUGUGCAUUUUUAAAGAUAAUUUUUCUGACCAAUCUUCCAGUUCAUUAAUUCCCUUAGGCUGUGUCUAAUAUGCCAUCAGACUCAUACACUGAGUUCUUUAGUUUAUUUUACUUUUUGGUUCUAGAAUUUCAAUUUUAUUCUCUUUAGUUUCAGGUUUUCUGCUAAAGUUCUCAGUCUUACUACUCAGCAUACUUAUUUGAGAGUCUGUGUCUGAUAACUUAAUUAUCUAGAUCCCUUUGGGUCUUGUUCCAUGUUUCAUUUGCAUUUUAUUUGUGUUAUUUUCUUGGAUUUCUGGGGUUUCUUUUUAUUGUGUAUGAGACAUUUGAUGUGAAAAACUAUAGAAAUAAUUUGAGGCCUAGAAUAAUGGUAGUCUUCCAUGACAUAAAAUUUACAUUUAAUUUUGACAGAAAUAUAGGGGCCCUAUAAAUCUGCUUUUCUUAAUUCACUUUUAAGGAUUGAGAUUAUUUGAAGCUGGGCUUUAAUUGUAUUUCUUUUGCUCUGAGGUUGAGAUCCCAACCUAGAGUUUGGGGGAGGCUCAGGGUCUCAUUUUUGUCUGGCUAACCCAGUGAGGCUGUCAGAUGUUUUGCUUAGCUUCCCAGCCUCACAGUCACUGCUUAAAUCAGCAGAUGCCUGUAGGGGAGAAGAAACCUGGUAUACCAGACUCACUUCUGGGGACUUAGUGAAUUCUGGCCCCAUUUCUUUACUGCCUGAUCUCUAGAAGUAGAGUUGUCUUUUUUUAAGCUUAGUUCAACUUUUCACGUUUCUUCAGCCAGAAGAUUGGUUUGAUGACCUGAUCACCAUUACUGGAAGGAGAAAGUCCUUGUUUGCUUUUAUUUUUAAUACUUUAAUUGGCUUUGAAAUUUUGGGUGAAUUUGAAUCUUUUUCUCCUCUUAACCAUGCUCUUCUUCUCUCACUCUCUUUAUCUUCCUUUUGUUUAAGUUAUCAGUUGGUUAUAUCAGGGGUCCGCAACACCAGGGCCGUAUACCCGUACUGGUUGCUGGCCUGUGAGGAACGAGCCACACAGCGGGAGGCCAGUGAGCAUUCCCGCCUGAGCUCCACCUCUUGUCAGAUCAUCCGUGGCAUUAGAUUCUCAGAGGAGCGUGGACCCUAUUGUGAACUGCACAUGCGAGGGAUCUAGGUCGCUCGCUCCUUGUGAGAAUCUAACUAAUGCCUGAUGAUUUGAAGUGUAACAGUUUCAUCUGAAACCAUCUCCACUCCACCCCACCCCACCCCACCCUACCCCUGGUCCAUGAAAAAAUUGUCUUCCAUGAAACUGGCCACUGGUGCCAAAAAGGUUGGGGACCACUGGGUCAUAUACAGAGUUUGAAUAGGACCAACUUGUGAAGCAGUUAACCAUCUGGAAUUGUAGGUUUAAUUGAAAGCAGAACUAUUUUUGCCUUUGAUGCCUUGAAGAUAACCGGUUUUUUUGUUGUUGUUGUUGUUUGUUUGUUUUUGAGACAGAGUCUCACUGUGUUGCCCAGGCUGGAGUGCAGUGGUGGGAUCUCGGUUCACUGCAACCUCUGCCUCCCAGAUUCAAGCGAUUCUCCUGCCUCAGCCUCCCGAGUUAGCUGGGACUUGUGUGCCACCACGCCCAGCUAAUUUUUGAAUUUUUAGUAAAGACAGGGUUUUGCCUUGUUGUCCAGGCUGGUCUCAAACCCCUGACCUCGGGAGAUCUGCCCGCCCCUGCCUCCCAAAGUGCUGGGAUUACAGGCGUGAGCCACCAUGCCCAGCCAGAUUACUGUUAUUUUAAAAGUUUUUUUGGCAACUGGCUAGUACCAAUGUAAGUUAAGUUUGGAUUCAAAUAAAAUCUUCAGAGCAUUACAAUAUAUUUUUAAAAGACAGCUUUUCAUGAAAUAACAUUAUAUAUAAUGUGUGUGUGUGUGUGUGUGUGUGUGUGUAUAUAUAUAUAUCCUAUUUCUUUAAUGCUGGGUAUUUUCUCAGCUCUGUACUCAAUUCUUUGUCCUGUAAGUAAAAAUGUGAUACACGUCUUUAGUCACUUUGCUUCUUUUAAAUUAUAACCCUUUGAGCAGUAGUUUAAUAUAAAAAAUGUUUUAGCUUUCGAAACAGACUUUUAGAGUUGCUCAUACAGUAUAACACCCUUUAUGCCUUUGGAAAAUUUCAUCUUAUGUAUUGUAGUUACUGUUUCAAUUUAUUGAUUGAGUUAUUUAGUCAAAAAAUAUGAAUGUCUUUAUAGAUGUUACUGUAUUGUACGAGUUGUAACUUUAGAGUGCCACUAGCAACAUACAUACGAAUCAGUUUAAUGGAAACAUUACUGCUCUCAUAGUAUUUUUAGGAAGUGUUUGGCUUGUUAAGUAGGGGUGGUAUUACAUGUUAUUUUACUUACUACAUAUAUUUGAUUACCAAGAGAUUAAGCAGUUUUCCACGUGUUUGUUACUGUUUCUAUUUGUGACUUGUUUUAAAAAUUAAAACAAUCUUAAAUCUCAUCUUGGACUUGUUACUCCUGCUCAUUACUGCCAAUGCUUACUAUAGUAUUUACAAACCACAAGGAGUGUGAUAGUUUUUAUGUUAAGAUUACUGAAAUUUCUUUGGACUAAUUUUCUUCUCUAGCUUGAGAAAAAAAUGAUUGGGAUUUUUAAGAGGGAUUACGUUAUUUCAUACUGUCCUCCAAAUGCUGCCAUCUGAAAUUUGAAGGUUUGCAAUAUUUUUUAGAUAAGUAUACCUUGGUAUGGUAGCCUCUUUGCUAGGAUCAACUUAUAGUAGUUAUCUACUCUCUGUUUGCUAUUAUAAAGCCAAAAUAAAUAUAUUAAAUAUGUCGUUUUAAGUAUAUUAGUAUUUAGCAAAUUCUGUUCUUCCUUAAAUUUUAUGUUAAUAAGUUAACUGGCUAAAACAAACGUACAUGGCCAGUUAGAACACUGUCUAAAACUUCUUGAUUUAAGCAAGCAUUUUAGUUAUCUUUGAAAGCUCACAUGAUAGAUUACAACCCCUAUCUCUACCCCCUUGAGCUUGCUUUUAAGAAAGUGAUAAAAGUGAUGCAAACUUUUUAUCAUUAGUUCUCAAUAAUUUUAUUGUAUAAUUUAACUUUUAUAGGAUGCCUUUUCUAAAUUGUAUGAAGUAAAAAUAACUUUCAGUCCAGUUAUUUGAGAAGACAAAGCUGUAUAACUGAAUAGUUGUAUAAAUCCUAUGUUUAUUAAGAGUGCUCAAAGAGCUUAAUAACUAAUGAAAGUUUAUCUUUUUUUUUUUUUUUUUUGAGACAGAGUCUCACUCUCACCCAGGCUGUAGUGCAGUGGCGCGAUCUCGGCUCACUGCAACCUUCACCUCCUGGGUUCAAGCAUUUCUCCUGCCUCAGCCUCCCAAGUAGCUGGGACUACAAGCACACGCUGCCACACCUGGCUAAUUUUUUGUGUUUUAGUAGAGACGGCAUUUCGCCAUGUUGCCUAGGUUGGUCGCGAACUCCUGAGCUCUGGCAGUCCGCCUGCGUUAGCCUCCCAAAGUGUUAGGAUUACAGACGUGAGCCACUGCGCCUGGCUGAAAGUUUAUCUUAAAACUGAGGCUUACUCCAGAUACUAAAGGUAUUAAACAAGGCAUGUGUGCAUGUGCCUGGGUGUAUAUGUAGAUGGCUUGGGGGUAGAAAUAAAAUAAAAAGGCACAGAAAAGUCUAUGGCUUUUUAUUUUAAAAAAAUCAUUGAAUCAACAUUUUAAUUUGUUGGUAUUCUUUUUUGAAUUUACUUCAUUUUAUUUCUGCUCUGCAUCUAAUUCCUUAUUUUGGGAUAAGAUAUAGAGCAUGAGUCAGCAAACUUUUUUUUUUUUGAGACAGAGUCUCACUCUGUCACCCAGCCUGGAGUACAGUGGCAUGAUCUCAGCUCAUUGCAGCCUUGACCUCCAAGCCUCAAGCAAUCCUCUCACCUUGCCUGGCUAAUUUUUAUAAUUUUUGUAGAGAUGGGUUUCACCAUGUUACUCAGAUUGUUUUUGAAUUCCUGAGCUCAAGCAAUCCACCAGUCUUGGCUUCCCAAAGUGCUGGGAUUACAAGUGUGAGCCACCACACCUGGCCUAAACUGUUUUAAAAGAGUUGUCACAACUAUGACAGCUGCUUGUGUUUGUGUGGUAAAGUGCAGCCAUAGACAAUAUGCUAACAAGUGGGAUGACUGUGUUCAUUAAAACCUUCCUAUGGACACUGAUAUUUGAAUUUCAUAUUGAUUUUACGAAUCACAAAGUGGUCUUUUGAUUUUUUACCUUAUAAUAUUUAACAGGGUAGUCACUGCUGCCCAUCCUUGUAUAGAGUAACUUUCCUUGAGGAAGUUCAACCCUUCUAGUUACCCAACUAUCGAGGUAGUUUUUGAAAGUUUUAAGUUAAAGAGCAGAUGUUUCUCUGACUUUUCAUAGAUCAAGAAAAGUCAGGGACCAAAAUUGUUAGCUGUGUACAUACGCAAACAUUUUAGCCAUUUUUUUUCAAAAUUGUAAUUGUGGUUAAAAAACACACAACAUAAAAUGUACCAUCUUAGCCUUUUCUUUUCCUUUUGUGUCCUGUCCUGUCCUGUCCUUUUUUGAGACAGGGUCUCCCUCUGUCACCCAGGCUGGAGUGCAGUGAGUGGUGCAACCUCCGCCUCCCAGGUUCACUUGGCUCAGCCUCUGGAGAAGUUUGAAUUACAGGCAUGUGCCACCAUUCCUGGCUACAUCUUAGCCAUUUCUAAGUCAGUAGUGUUAAGUGUAUUCCUGUUGUUGUGCAACUAAUCUCCAGAAUGUUUUCAUUUUGUCAAACUGUAACUUUACACCCAUUAAACAACUUUCUAAUUCCCCUCUGCCCCUAGGCCUUGCAACCACUAUUCUACUUUCUGUCUCUGUAAGUUUCACUACUCUAGAUACCUCACAGAACUGGAAUCAUACAGUAUUUGCCAUUUUGUGUCUGACUUCCUUCAACAUAAUGUCUUCAAGGUUCAUCCAUAUAGUGUCAUGUUUCAGUGUUUCCCUCCUUUUUAAGGCUGAAUAAUAUUCCACAGUAUGUGUGUACCACAUUUUGUUUAUCCAUUCAUCUUUUGAUUGGACACGGGUUGCUUCCACUUCUUGGGUAUUGUGAGUAGUGCUGCUAUGAACAUGGGUGUGCAGCUAUGUCUUUGAGAUCCUGCUUUCUAUCUAGCUGUACCAUUUUACAUUCCUACCGACAGUACACAAGGGUUCCCAUUUUUCCAUAAUCCUUGACAACACUUUUUUUCAGUGUUUUUAAUGGUAGCCAUUCUAAUAGGUGUGAGGUGAUAUCUCAUUGUGUUUUUUUAUUUACAUUUUCCUAAUAAUUAGUGAUGUUGAGCAUCUUUUUCUUUUUUUCUUGUCGCCCACACUGGAGUGCAGUGGCGCGACCUCGGCUCACUGCAGCGUCUGCCUCCUGGGUUCAAGCGAUUCUCCUGCCUCAGCCUCUGGAGUAGCUGGGAUUACAGGUGCCCACCACCACGCCUGGCUAGUUUUUUACAUUUUUAGUAGAGAUGGGGUUUCACCAUGUUGGCCAGGCUGGUCUCGAACUCCUGACCUCAGGUGAUCCACCCUCCUUGGCCUCCCAAAGUGCUGGGAUUACAAGCAUGAACCACCGUGCCUGGCCAUCUUUUUCUUUUUUAAGAGAUGGGAUCUUGUUACAUUGCCCAGGCUGGCCCCAAACUCCUGAGCUCAAAUGAUCCUCCCAUCUCAGCCUCCAGACACUAUGCCUAGCUCAAUUAAUAUUUUUAAUUGGCAAAUCAUAAUUGUAUACAUUUAUGGGGUACAGUGUCAUUUUUGAUAUAUAUGUAUACACACACACAUAAUGUGGAAUGAUUAAACCAAGCUAAUUAACAUAUGGUCACCUCCUUUAAUUUUUCCAGCAAGACAUUUGAAAUUUAUUCUUUUAGCUAUUUUGAAAUACAUGUCAUAUAUCAUUAUUAACUAUAGUCACCCUGCUGUGUGAUGGAUCUCGAAAACUUAUUUUUUCUGUCUAACUCAAACUUUGUAUCCUUUGACCAACAUUUCCUCAUUUCUCCCAGCCCCUGGUAACCACUAUUCUUUCUGCUUUUGUGAGUUCAAAUUUUUUAGAUUCCACAUAUAAGUGAGAUUAUGUGAUAGUUGUCUUUCUGUGCCUGGCUUAUUUUACGUUGUCCUCUAAGUUCAUCCAUGUUGUUUCAAAUGACAGGAUUUUCUUCUUUUUUAAGGCUGAAUAGGCCCGGCUCAGUGGCACAUGCCUGUAAUCCUAGCACUUUGGGAGGCUCAGGUGAAAGGAUUGCUUGAGCUCCACCUCAAGCACCCCUUGAGGUGUGAGCCGUGAUGGCACUACUGCUCGCUAGCCUGGGCGAUAGAGCAAGAACCUGUCUCAAAAAAAAAAGCCAAAUAGUAUUACGUUGUAUAUAUACCACCUUUUUUUUUUCCUAUUCAUCUGUUGAUGGACAUUUAGGUUGAUUCUGUAUCUUGGCUAUUGUGACUAGUGCUGCAGUGAACAUGGAAGUGCAGAUAUCUCGUUGACAUUAUGAUUUCAGUUUCUUUGGAUAUAUAGAAAUGGGAUUGCUGGAUGUGAGCAUCUUUUCAUUUGUUGGCCAUUUAUAUAUCAUCUCUGGAGAAAUGUCUGUUCAGAUUCUUUGCCCAAUCAUUAGUCAAGUUGUUAGCCAACUAUAUUUUAAUAAUACUUUCUUUUCUCUCUUGCAGUGUGUCACAAGUACAAUUAAAUAAGAAAUUAACAUAAUUUAAUCAUUACUCACAAAGGUAAUAUAUUGCAAGAAUGAGGGGAACAGUAAGGGGAAUUUCUGAUUUGCUAAAUGCCUAAUAGAGAAGCUGACCAUUCCAUAAUUGUUUUUAAAGUACAUUAACAGCAAUCUGAGAGGAUGAAAUAUAUAUAUAUAAUGUGACUAAAAAGGAUAUGGGAUUGAUUUUUAUGUGUCAUAUAGAAUUAAUCACACCUUGCCUGUAUAUUAUAAUCAAAUUGUCUGUUAAGCGGAUAAAUUUAGAGAACCGUUAGACUGCAUGGCAUUUAGGUUUACAUGGUGAGGAAGAAAAAAACUUGAAAUGAUUUUGGCUGGGCACAUAACAAUGAAUUUUAUGGAUAAAAAAAAUCAUCCAGGUAUGGUGGCGCAUCUCUGUAGUCCCCAGCUACUUGAGAGAAGGUGGGAGGAUUGCUUGAGCCGGAGAUUGAGGCUGCAGUAAGCUGCGAUCAUGCCACUGCACUCCAGCCUGGGCGACAGCCUGACACCAUCACAAUGUAUAUGAAACAUAAAUAAAUUUUAUGCUUAGACUUGGGUCCCAUCCCCUAGAUACCUCAUUAUGUACAUGCAAAUAUUAAAAAAAAAAUUGGAAGUCUGAAACAUGUUGCUCCUGGGCAUUUUGGAUAAGGGAUACUCAACCUGUAUUCAUCAUUGUUCAUAGUUAGACACUGUGAACUAUUAGUGUCUAAAGCCAGAAAGAAACCAUUCCCUUUUCUUUUUUAAAAAAAGCUUAUUUUAUAUUAUUUUAGACAGGGUCUCACUCUGUCUCCCAGGCUGAAGUGCCGUGGUACAGUCUCAGCUCACUGCAACCUCUGCCUCCUGGAUUCAUUCAGGUGGUUCUUGUGCCUCAGCCUUCCGAAUAGCUGGGAUUACAGGCACCUGCCACCACUCCCGGCUAAUUUUUUUGUAUUUUUAGUAGAGACAGGGUUUCCCCAUGUUGGCCAGGCUGGUCUGGAACUCCUGACUUCAAGUGAUCCGCCCGCCUCAGCCUCCCAAAGUGCUGGGAUUACAGACAUGAGCCUGCGCCUGAAUUCAGUCUGUCACCAAAUCUUGUUUUUUGUCUCUUAGAUAUUUUUCUGAUCCGUCACUGGUCUAGUUUAGGCUCCUAUUUUCUCUUAACCUGGAUGGCUGCCUAACAUGUCUCCAUGUUUCCCCUCUGGAAUCUACUGUUAGGCAAAAAGGCAGAAACUACAGUACUUGACAAGUAACAAUGUUUAAUUUUCAACUUGACUAAAGUAGCUCAGCUUGUGUCCCUUUUAUUUUUAUUAUUAUAUAGUUUUACAUAUUGAGCUCCAAGAAAUCAUAGUUCCUUGGUUUUUAAAUAAGAUCUGUAAGAGGAGUUUAAUCCAUAUUUAGUGUUGUGUUAAUCUUCAAGCCAGUAAGUUAGACAUUUAUUCUCAUUUUACAAAUAAAGAAAUUGUUGCUGAGUUAACUGUGUGGUGGAGUUGAGAUUUAGAUUUAGUGUUUUGUUUUGUUUUUUUGAGACAGUAUCUCACUUUGUUCCCUAGGCUGGAAUGCAGUGGCGUGUUCAUAGCUCACUGCAGCCUUGAUCUCUGGGGUCAAGGGAUUCUCCCACCGCAAUCUCUUGAGUAGUUAGGAUCACCACACCCAGCUAAUUUUUUGAUGUUUUGUUGAGAUGAGGUCUUACUGUGUGGCCCAAGCUGAUCUUGAACUCGGAAGCCGUAGCACCUGGCUAACAGCCAUCAGUAUUAAACACAAAAGUUUAAGUGUCCCUUUUAGGCUUUUAAUUAUCUUAGAAAACAGCUAUUUGUAAAGAAAUUUUAAAAACUUUUACUAAAAUACCACUACGCUGUAUUAUUAGAGUACUAACUAAUAUGCAGUGAACUUAUACAAAUACGUAAGUUUAUAAUUUAUCUGAAACUUGUGUUGGGGGGGGUAAGUGUAACUUUAUGAGUUUCUGGAUAUAUGACUACUGUUGAUAUGGUUUAGCUGUGUCCCCAUCCAAAUCUCAUCUUGAAUUGUAGUUCCCAUAAUCUCCAUGUGUCGUGGAAGGGACUCGGUGGGAAGUGACUGGAUCAUGGGGGCACUUUCCCGCAUGCUGGGUCUCCUCCCGAUGGUGAGUUCUCACAAGAUGUAAUGGUUUUAUAAGUGUCUGGCAUUUCUCCUGCUUGCACUCAUUCUCUCUCCUGCUGCCCUGUGAAGAGAUGUCUUUGGCCAUGAUUGUAAGUUUCCUGAGGCUUCCUCAGCCAUGAAGAACUGUGAAUCAAUUAAACCUCUUUUCUUUAUAAUUACCCAGUCUCAGGUAUUUCUUCAUAGCAGUGUGAGAACAGACUAAUACAAUGGUAAAGAAAAACAAACCCAAACUGAGAAUUGGAUGGUUGGAGAUUUGGAUGGCAUUUGAUUUUAUUAUGACUGUCGUCAAGGAAGAUGAAGACUUAAGGCAACUAAAAAAUUAUAUAAUGAAAAAAUGAUUCCUUGUCAUAAAUACAGGUGAUGUAACUAUCAUAUAAAGUUAUGUUGACUAACCGGAACUAUUAAUAUGUUCUAAUAUAUCACCCUUGGAUCCUUGGGAGCCCAUACUUCUACAGUAACCAACAUGUAUUGAGUUUAUGAGUGUGUGUGUUUAAAGACACAGGGAGAGAGAGAAAACAUGUUUAUUAAAAUGAAACAUGACAAACUAAUGGGUCAGAUUGUGUUCUUUAUGUUCCCUAAAAUUUUUCUUCAUCGUAUUGAAUGUGAUUGAUCUCUAAUUUGGGUAGUGACAUCCCUUGUUAUAUGUUUUAUGUGGUUUUGGAUUUACAUUUGUAAAUUUUGGGAAACAGGAUAGUAAGAAGAGUAGCAUAAUUAAAAGACAGGUCGUUGUGUUUUGAAAUGGGCUAUUCUUUAAGAAUGGUACAAUCUUUAUAGUGGCUUUUGUCAUUUCUUUUUCAAAAUUAUAAACAUUUAUUGUAAUAAAGAAUUUGAUGGAUUAUAGUGAAAUUACUUUUUUUCCAGAAAAUUUCCCUCUUGAGGACAGAAUUUUUUGUUAAGGGUCAAAAAUGACAGUUUGAGUCCAUAAAAGAUUGAAAUCUUUGAAAUGUGCUUUCUAGAACAGGAGUAAGCAAACUUACUUAUUUUUACAUGGCUAAAAACAUCAAAAAAGAAUAAUUCUUUCGGUGAUGGGUGCCCCAAAAUCUCAGAAAUCACCGUUAAAGAACUUAUUCAUGUAACCAAUCACUACUUGUUCCCCCAAAACCUGUUGAAAUAAAAAAUAAAUAAUUCUUUGUGACAUGUGAAAUUUGAAUUUCAUUUUCUAUUCAUAAAUAAAGUUAUUGGAACACAGCUGCUUUUGCUUUAUAAUGGCAGAGCUGAGGAGUUUUGACAGAAACGGUAUAUGGCAUUCUCAUUACUUCAAGCUACUGUUUGGUGUACCACAAAUUUCAGUGCUGCCGUUAUUGCUUGACAGUGUUUUGAGUGCCACAUCUGUGACCAGAUUGCAAUUUUUUAUUUUAUUUAUUUAUUUAUUACCACUAUAUAUCCAUCAUGUCAAAAAAAGGAAAGAAGAGAAAAAUAAAGACAUGCUUUUAAGGCGCAUUGGAAUGUGGGUUAUUUUGUUAUUGAAUUUAAUAGCAAACAUUGCUCUUAUUAUGAAGUGACACUAGAGCUGCAAUAGAAGAGUACGAUAUACAUGAAAGUAACUAGCCUAAUAUACUACACUAUGUCUAACUCUCAGGAAAGCAAUAGAAAACUUACAAAACUUAAAAAUGGAAUAUCUCAUCACAGCAUGAUUUCUUCAUAAAAAUGAAAAUGAGGCUGCCACCAAAAUAAGUUUCCAAGUGGCUUAUUUGCCAAGCAAGGAAAGCCAUUUACUGAUGUUGAGUUAAAUUGUAUUUUAUUGAAGCAGUCAAAAAAAUUAUGUCCAGAGAAAAUAAACUUGUUUUAGGCUAUUAGCUUUUUGGCAAGCACAGUUGAUUUAAGAGUUGGGGACAUUUGAAGCAACAUCACUAGUCAAUUAAAAAACAAGGCAAAUGAUUUGGAGUGGUUUUUCUUGGCUCUUGAUGAGCCGGCAGAUGUUAUUGAUACAAUUCAGUUGUUCUUUAUUCAAGGAGUCAGUGCCAAGUUUGAAGUGGCAGAAAAGUUGGCCUCUGAAUAGUCUGUGCAGAAGAACUACAGGCAAGAAUAUUUUCAAAGCUGAGAAAACACUAAGUACAAUCUGAAGUGGAAUCUGCUAGGAUGUGCUGCAAGCAGUGGUGAUAGAAUACAUACGGAGCAGAAAAAGGCUCAGUUGGACUAAUUUACAAAGCUUGUAAAACUGAGGAGUUCAUAGUUUAUGGUUAUUCAUUGUUAUUCAUCGGCAGAUACUUUGCAGAAAACAUUUCCAUCUAUACAUGUGUGUUACUGAAUCAGUACUGUCAACUGUGAAGUCAGUUUGCUCUUUUGGACUUAACUAGCAUCAGCUGCAUUAAUUUUUGUUAGAAACAGAGGACGAAUAUCCUGACUGGCUUAGAAGUGGUAAAGUAUUUUUUCGCAAUUGUUUGAGCUAAAGGCUGAGAUUGAAAUUUUUUUUAACAAAGAGACCUGCCCUCAACUGCUAUUAAAUACUAAUUAGCUUUGGAAAUUAGCUUUUUGUGAAGAUUGGGUGAUGUUUUUAAAAUGAAUUUAACCUAAGAUUUCAAGGCAAAAUAGUGCCUAUAUAUGAAAGACUGUGGUAAAGUCAUUUCAAUGGCAACUGAUAUUCAAAUCCCAAAUAAUUUCAGGCUGCUUUAUAUAUUUCUCAAGCUGUCAAAGAAGUUAGAUCGUCAUUCCCACAUAAAUAUGGGUGGACGUAUUUUCUAGUCUCAAACUGUAGUUCCCACAGCAUUUUUCAGAAGUUGACACAAAUGCACAGAAAGUUCCAUAUUUCAAAAAUUUGUUUAAUUUUGCAUUGGAGAAACUUUCUACCUAACCUUGAAUUGGAAGUAAUUAAUCCGCACUGUGAUGACAUACUGAAAGGCAAAUAUCAAAUGAAGAACCAAUGGAUAACUGCCUUCCCAGUAAUGAAUAUGCUCAAUUAAAAUCAUGCUUGUGGGUUAAUAUCAAUAUUUGGCAAUAUCUGUUUCUGUUAAAAGACAUUUUCAUAGACAAAUACAUACAGUCUCAUUACAGAUCAAUGUUUUUUUGUUUGUUUGUUUUGAAGCAAAAGUGCUCUCAUUCUGUGCCCAGGCUGGAGUACAGUGGCACAGUCAUGACUCACUGCAAGCCUAUACCUCCUGGGCCCAAGCGCUCCUCCUACCUCAGCCUCCUGAGAGGGGACCAUAGGUGCAUACCACCACACCUUAGGUUUUAUUUUUUUAAUUUUUGUAGAGACGGGGUCUGCCCAUGUUGCCCAGGCUGGUCUUGAACUCUUGGGCUCAAACAAUCCACCUGUCUUGGCCUCCCAAAGUGUUGUGAUUACAGACGUGAGCCCCUGCGUUUAACCUACAGAUCAAUAUUAACAGAUGAGGCCAGGCGUGGUGGCUCGUGCCUGUAAUCCCAGCACUUUAGGAGGCACAGGUGGGCUGAUCACUUGAGAUUGGGAGUUCAAAAACAGCCUGGCCAACAUGGUGAAACCCUGUUUCUACUAAAAAAAAGAUACAAAAAUUAGCCAGGCAUAGUGGCAUGUGCCUGUAAUCCCAGCUACUUGGGAGGCUGAGGUGGGAGAAUCUCUUGAACCUGGGAGGCGGAGGUUGUAGUGAGCUGAGAUUGUGCCGCUGCACUCCAGGCUGGGCAACAGAGCAAGACUCUGUCUCAAAACAAAAUUUAACAGAUGAGUAUUUGUAAUAGAUUUUGAUGAUAGGAAACCCCAAUUAAGUGAGGUGCUUCUUCUCAAAAAGAAUUUCAUUUUUUUCAUUAGCAAAUUUUUGUUUAAAAAAAAGUGUGUGUGUGUGUGUGUGUGUGUGUGUGUAUUUAUUUAUUUAUUUAUUUAUUUUGUCAUAUAGGGUCUUCUCUUGUCACCCAGGCUGGAGUGAAGUGGUGUGAUCUUGGCUCACUGCAACCUCUACCCCCUGGGUUCAAGUGAUUCUUGUGCCUCAGCCUCCUAAGUAGCUGGGAUUACAGGCACCCACCACCACGCCUGGCUAAUUUUUGUAUUUUUAGUAGAGAUGGGGUUUCACCAUGUUGGCCAGGCUGGUCUUGAACUCCUGACCUCAAGUGAUCCGCCCUCCUCAGCCUCCCAACAUGCUGGGAUUAUAGACGUGAGCCACUGCACUUGGCCUAUUAUAAAAUAUUCUACUCAUUAUUGUAUCUUGAAUUUUGUCAAUAAAAAGUUUUUAGAAAUUGUUUCUGUAUCCAGCCUGGGUGACAGAGUGUCUCCAAAAAAAAAAAAAAAUUGUUUCUGUCUUGUUAUGUAAGUAUCUAUAUGAUUUUGCCUAUUGGCCAGCAAAGACUAAAAUAUUUGUGACUGGGCCCUUUACAGAAAAAGUUACAGAUCCAUGUUCUACAGAAGUACUUCUGAAACAUGAAUGUAUAUAGUAAUUACUGGGGAUCUUGUUAAGAUGCAGAUUCUGGUUUGGUUGGUUUGUGGAGGAACCCAUGAUUUUGCAUUUCUUAUAAGCAUCUUGGUGAUACAGUUGCUGCUGGGCUCAUGCACUGUAGUUUGAGUGGCAAGGCUCUACUGUUUAGGAUUAACAUUUGCUAAGCACCUGUUAUGUGCCAGGAAUUACACCAGGGGCUCUUGAGUAUAUUGCCCUUUAAAAUACCUUAUUAGGGCCGGGCGCGGUGGCUCACGCCUGUAAUCCCAGCACUUUGGGAGGCUGAGGUGGGCAAUUCACGAGGUCAAGAGAUCGAGACCAUCCUGGCCAACGUGGUGCAUCCUGGCCAACAUGGUGAAACCCCGUCUUUACUAAAAACACAAAAAUUAGCUGGGCGUGGUGGUGAGCACCUGUAGUCCCAGCCACUCAGGAGUCUGAGGCAGGAGAAUCACUUGAACCCAGGAGGUGGAGGUUGCAGUGAGCCGAGAUUGCACCAUUGCACUCCAGCCUGGCGACAGAGCAAGACUGUGUCUCAAAAAACAAACAAACAAAAAGUAAUUAGAAGGUGUUAAGAAUUAAGGAGAGAUUGUGCUUUUAAGAGUUUUUGGUUAGAAACCCAUUUGUUCUUGGGUGCAUAAUUUCCUGUAAGACCUCAUGAAGAGGGUUGAGGUCCUAGAGGAAGCUAUAUAUCUGAGAAAAUAGGAAACAAAAUAUAUUAUUAUUUACCGAUCUAGGUCAAAGCAGGGCCCCAUGCCCUCAUCUUCCAUGGUAAAUUUCAGUGUGCCAUCAACCAGUUACCAAGUCAAAGAGUAGGCUUAGUAUAUAGCACAUAUAUGCUUUAUAAAUGUUUUCUUCCAAUCUGUUGUUUGCCUUUUCAUUUUGUAACCAUGUUCUUUUGAACUAGCACCAUUUUAAAUUUUUGAUGAAGUCCAAUUUAUUGAAUUAAGAACUUGUGAGUAUUAUUUGAGACAGGUUUUCGCUGUGUCACCCAGCCUGGAGUGCAGUGGUGCAAUCUUGGCUCACUGCAGCCUCGACGUCCUGGACUCAAGCAGUCCUCCCACCUCAGCUCCUUAGUAGCUGGAACUACAGAUGCUCACUGCCACACCCAGCUAAUUUUUGUAUUUUUUGUAGAGACAGGGUUUUGCCAUGUUGCUCAGGCUGAUCUUGAACUCCUGGACUCAAGUGAUUCUCUUUGCCUUGGCCUCCCAAAGUGCUGGGAUUAUAGGCAGGCGCCACCACACCUAAUUUUUUUUUUUAAUUGUGGCAAAAUAUAAAAUUUACCAUGUUAACUAUUUUUAAGUGUAAAGUUCAGUGGUAUUAAGUACAUUCAUAUUGUGCUACCAUCACCGCUAUUCAUCUGUAGAAAUUUUCCGUCUUCCUCAGCUGAAACUCUGUACCCAUUAAAUACUAACUUCCCAUUCUACCACACCCCCAACCCCUGGCAACCACCUUUUGUGACUGGCUUAUUUUACUUAGCUUAGUGUCUUCAGAGUUCUCCGUGUUGUAGCGUGCACCCAUAUUUUCUUCAUUUUUCAGGCUGAAUAAUAUUCCAUUGUAUGUAGAUACCACAUUUUGUUUAUCCAUUCAUCUGUUGAUAGCCACUUGGAUUGCUUCUACCUUUAGGCUAAUGUGAAUAAUGCUGCUGUAAAUGUGUUUGUACAAAUACCUGUUUGAGCCAUUGCUUUCGCUUGUAUUGGUUAUAUACUCAGAAGUGAAAUUACUGGAUCAUAUGGUAAUUCAGUGUUUAAUUUUUUGAGGAACCGCUAUACUGUUUUGCACAGCGGCCGCACCAUUUUAUGUUCCCACCAGCAAUGCACAAGGGUUCCAAUUUCUCCACAUCCUCACUAGCACUUGUAUAUUUGGGGUUUUAGUUUUUGAUAACAGCCAUCCUAGUGGGUAUGAAGUGGUAUCUCACUGUGAUUUUGAUUUGCAUUUCCCUCAUGAUUAAUGUUGAGCAUAUUUUCAUGUGCUUAUUGGUCAUUUGCAUAUCUUCUUUGGAAAAAUUUCUAUUCCAGUCUUUUGCCCAUUUUUUAAUUGUUUUGUUUUUGUUAUUGAGUUGUAGAAGUUCUUUAUAUAUUCUGGAUAUCAGUCCUUUAUCAGAUAUAUAAUUUUCAGAUAUUUUUUCCAUUCUGUGGGUUGCCAUCUCACUCUGUUGAUUGUGUCCUUUUAGGCACAAAAGUUUUUAAUUUUGAUGAAGUCCAACUUACCUAUUUUCCUUCCUUCCUUUUUUUUUUCUGACGGAGUCCCACUCCGUCAUCCAGGCUGGAGUGCAGUGGUACGACCUUGGUUCACUGCAGCCUUUGCCUCCUGGGUUCAAGUGAUUCUCUUGCCUCAGCCUCCUGAGUAGCUGAGAUUACAGGCACACACCACCAUGCUUGGCUAAUUUUUUUGUAUUUUUUGUAGAGACGUUUAGUAGAGAUGUUGGCCAGGCUAGUCUCGAACUGCUGACCUCAAGUGAUCUGCUGGCCUUGGCCUCCCAAAGUGCUGGGAUUUCAGGCAUGAGCCACUGUACCUGGCCCUAUUUUUUCUUUAGUUGCCUGUGCUUUUGGUGUUAGAUCAAAGAAACCAUUGCUAAAUUCAGUGCCACGAAGCUUUAUCCAUAUGUUUUCUUCUAAGAGUUAGAAAGUUUUAGGUCUUAUAUUCAUGCAUUUGAUCCAUUUUGAGUUAAUUUUUUUUAUAUGGUUAAAGUAAGAAUCCAGCUCAAUUUAUUUGCAUGUGGAUAUCCAGUUUUCCCUGCACCAUUUGUUGAAAAGACUGAUCUUUCUUCACUGAAUGGUGUUGGUGUUCUUACUGAAAAUCAUUUCACGUGAGGGUUUAUUUUCUGGUCUCCCUGUUUUAUCCCAUUGCUCUAUAUAUAUGUCUGUCUUUAUGCCAGUAUCAUAUUCUUAUUUUUAAAAUGUGAUUUAAUGUUUUCAAAA